UUUACUAUACUUUUACUAUACUUUAUUAUUAUUAAUAUCAUGCAAAAUGUAAAUUUUCUGACAUCCAACAAUACAAAAUGAUCUUUGAUACGGAUCUUCCACAUAUAAUUUUUGAUAUCCAAGCUAUAUUUGUAAUAUUUUUUUUCAGAAAUAAAAAAAGACUUGCAAAUAAAAAAAUUUCGAUUUUCGAUUCGAUGCUGUUUUUUUUUUAUUCUUAUCGUACCAAUCAAUCAGGAUUCGUCAAUAUUCAAAUAUUUUUUAAAUAUUUUAAAUAUAUAUCAAAUGCAAGAUGAAACUCAUAUGAAUGAGAUUAUGUUGUUAUGCAAAGUAUGCUGAAUAUCAAGCUUAAGUCAUAUGUUUCGUUCGUAAAUUUUUUCCCAUGAAUCCUCUUUACAAUCAAAUUUUAUAAACCCAUUAUGAAUUUAAUUAACUUGUCAUUUAUUCAAUUUUAAAUCGAAAUAACUAAACUUUAAUUGUAAUCUCAUUUGGUUUCAAUUUCGAAUAUUUAUAAAAGAU